CAUAACAUACGCUUAAGUAGGUAAAUGCGCAUAAACCAACAUCCUUAAAUGUUAAGCACCGAUAUAAAUUACGAACUAAACCAUUAUAAACAUAUCGCAAACUACAAUUACGAUUGAAGUUGUAAUAUUUGGACAGGAUGGCGAACCGCAUUAAAUGCCAAGCGGAAACACUAAGUUAUAUUUACUUAAACAUACGCAAUUGCAAAAUAUGAAAAUACACAUAACAAACGCAAUUAACACGUACACGAUUAAAUAAGAAAAAUAUUAACGUCUAUCUAUCAAAGAUCGUGAUAAUUAGUGCAAAGAUUAAUUAAAGUUUUUUUUUUAUCAGAACGCGCGGCGCGUCUGUGUUGUGUUCGUCGCGACGGCCAGCCGAAUACGAAGGACUCGCGUAUACAAAACAACCUAUUCCCGCAAGGGGGGCGAUGGCGAAAGUAUCGCCAAAUAACCACCUAUAAAAACACACGGCACAGUCCAAACAGUAUCCAGUUCGAUUCCCGACACCAACCACCAUUGAAGAGGCAUAAUGAAAACAACGUUCUGCUUAGUUUUCCUACUGGUAGCCGCCGCGGCUGCCAGUGAGAAGAAGACGACAGAAAAGAAAGCGGAGCCAUUGGACAAGAAGUUGGACAAACGUGGCCUCUUGAACCUCGGCUACGGAUACGGCAUUCACGGACUGGACGUCGGUUACAUCGGCAGCGGACACGGAUUCGGUGGAGCUUACAACCUUGUUGACGACCACGCCUACAGCGGCUACAGCGGCUAUGGCAUCAACCUUGGUCAACACUCUGACACCACGAAAACGAUCACCAUCGUGAAAGGUGUCCCCUACCCCGUGUCCGUCGAGAAGCACAUCCCCUACCCCGUCGAGAAGCCCGUGCCUUACCCAGUCAAGGUGCCCGUACCCCAGCCCUACGAGGUCAUCAAACACGUGCCUGUUCACGUGAAAGAGUACGUUAAAGUCCCAGUCCACGUUCCUGCUCCCUACCCGGUUGAGAAAAAGGUACCUUACCCCGUCCACGUUCCAGUCGACAGGCCCUACCCCGUGAAGGUUCUUGUCCCUCAGCCCUACCCUGUUGAGAAGCACAUUCCUUACCCCGUCAAGGUGCCAGUGCCCCAGCCCUACCCCGUGGAGAAACACGUGCCAUACCCUGUCGAAGUUAAGGUUCCUGUCCCUCAGCCCUACCCCGUUGUGAAACACGUUGGUGUCCCCGUUAAGGUGCCCGUUGACAGGCCCUACCCCGUGCACGUACCUGCUCCAUACCCCGUCGAGAAGCCCGUCCCAGUCGCCGUGCCCGUUGAGAAGCCCGUGCCUUACCCAGUGAAGGUGCCCGUCGACAGGCCUUACCCCGUCCACGUAGAGAAGCCUUACCCAGUCCCAGUUAAGGUGCCCGUCCCAGAGCCCUACCCAGUCUACAAGCACGUGCCCUACCCAGUAGAGAAACCCGUGCCCUACCCCGUCAAGGUGCCCGUCGACAGGCCCUACCCCGUCCAUGUAGAGACCCCAGUCCCCGUGGCUGUUGAGAAGCCUUACCCAGUACCUGUCAAGGUCCCAGUCCUCUACAACGAGCACGACUUCCAACACUCCAGCCACUCAAGCUUUGGUGGCUCCUACUACAGCCAUUAGAAUAAUUCUAGCUUUAAUAUAAAAGUUCACAAUUAUCAAGAUAUCAUUGAAGAGUUUAUUUAUAAUCUCGACUUGUUAUGGCCGGGACACCAGCAAAAAAAGAACACAAUCAUCAUUUUUUUUAUAUUUAUAUGUAACACCAUGUAUGUAUGAGCGUACGUGUACGUAGUGAUAUAAAGGUUACCAUUUUAGGUUAAGAUGAAUGUAAAAAAGUAUGAAAAAAUAAACGAUAAAAUAUUA